AUGUUUCCAUUGGGAAAAAUCAGGAUAUUAAAACAUAUUAUUAAAAAUUUGGACAAAUAUGUGUUGAAGAUUAAAAUUGACUAUGGAUAUGAUGAUGCAACUGCCACUUUUGUUACUUUUAGAGAGUGCAUUUUGUUACACAAGGAAAUAAUUAAGUAUAUAGAUGAUUAUAAUUUGGUAUUGAGCAAUGUAUCACUAAUGGAUUAUUUACAAAGCUCGCUGGAGCUGGCUACAAUAAUUUUGCAAAUUAAUUCAGGAAAUUCCUUUUAUACUUUAUUUUUUGUUGCUACAUGUGCAACAUGUAUAAUAUGCAGAACUUUCAUAUUUUACUGGUAUGCAGAUCAACUUACUUUAGAGGCAUCCGAUAUUGCACGAGCUCUAUUUGAAAGUAAUUGGUAUGAACAAACGAAAGUGGUAAAACAAAUGGUUAGCAUUAUGCUAAUGAGAUGUAACAGAGAAGUCGCAUUAUAUAUUGGACCAUUUGAUAAAAUGUCUCUGAGAACUUUUUUAGCGGUAAUUAAAGGAACUUAUUCGUUUGUGGCCAUGCUACAUACCUUAUCUUAA